AUGGAAUCGCAGCCUCGAACUUCAGUUGAAGAAGGGAUAUUUGCCAUCUUCAGUGGACAUGUUGGUGGGGGAGAUGAAAUCGGGAUCGUGAAUCCAGUUUACCAGGGGAAUGAUAUCCACUUGCAGCUGAGGACAUCACUUUCACAGUGUUCGGCAACAGCUUUGGAUGAUCUCGAGACCUUCCAAAAGGCCCAGUUGGAAUUGUCUGGGGUAAUUCUCUCUGGCUUCGAGGUGGAUGAUGAUGAUGAUGAUGAUGACAACGAGAGCGAUGAGGAACAGAAUAAAGAUGACAGAGAAAACAUCUGUAAUGUCGACGAACAUAGGGUCUCGGAUACGGCAGAUGCCGAGGAAUUGACCAACAAAGAUAUACCUACUAAUAAGUUCAUUGGCAUCCUUCGCGCCCUUUUGAAGUGGAUCUUCCUUCUAGGAUUCCUCUAUAUCUUUAUAUGUUGCCUGGAUAUCCUGUCUGUAGGCUUUAGCCUCCUUGGUGGUAAGGGCAUCGGGGUGGUGGUAGCUAAUAACGACCUCCUGACGAACCCUCUAUGCGGUCUCGUGAUUGGGCUUCUGAGUACGGUCCUUGUACAGAGUUCCAGUACUACAACCUCUAUAGUGGUGUCAAUGGUAUCCGCACAUGUAGUAUCUGUCAAGCAUGCAAUACCAAUUAUCAUGGGAACAAAUAUAGGAUCAGCAGUAACGAACACACUUGUAUCGUUUGGUCAGGUGCGAGACAAGGAUGAAUUUCGACGUGCAUUCGGAGGUGCAGCAGUCCACGAUAUAUUCAAUUGCCUUACGGUAGCCGUUCUGCUCCCAGUGGAGAUGGCCACGAGUUAUCUGGAAGUCAUGACCGACGCCAUCAUCGAAACUUUUGACUUCAGCGAUACGAAUACAUCCAUCGAGUUUUUAAAAGUCAUCACGAGGCCAUGCACCGAUCUCAUUGUGCAAGUUCGAUCUGUAAGCAUUUGUUUUUACAUCAGCAUAAGAUGGCUGAUGUUGGCGGGUGGAGUAGGCCCGAAGACCUAA